GCGGUUCGGUUAUACAUCGCUUUCAAUAACCGUAUCACAAAUCCGUCUCGCCGCGCGCUGAUAUGCUCCGGUGAGCAGCGACCUGCUCUGUGGCCCCAUUGGGUUAAUAAUGAACCUGCUGCUGGGUAACCGGGCGACACCUCCCAGACUAUCGCCCUCCUGUCACUUGGAUCCUUCCUCUUUAACCCCGUCCUCGCUGUACGGAGCACAUGCUUAACCUGUUCACUGCCAGGGAGGGGUCUGGACAUUAUGGGAUGUUUUAGAGAGGAAUGAAAGGGUUUGGCUGAGGGAAGUGGAAAGAGGAAGAGACGGAGAAGAGGCCGAAACUGCAGGGGGUGGAGGCUGAGAACGAGGGGAGCGAGGGCAGGAAUUGGGCAGCUCCCUGAGUGCUCACCCGGAGAGGAUCCUGAUCUAUGGGAAGAGGCUCUUCACCAUGUGACAGCCCCAGAUCUCUCCACCCGCCAUCAUGUCUGGUCCUCGCCACCAGGGGCAUCGGUUAUUCUGGCUCAUUGUUCUGGGGCUCCUGGCAGGGAUUGGGGCGGAGGACCCCUGUACAUGUAUCUCUGUGGAGCAGGAAGGGGACUGGUCUCUGCUGAUGACUGAUCCCUGUUGUAUCAGACUCAACCUCUCUGUAGACAUCUUGGAGUGGAACAUCUUCACCCCCCUCCACAGCCUCCGGGUCCUGGAUCUCUCCAGCUCGGGGAUUCUGGAGAUCACGGACUCCGAGGGCGGGAGGAACCAGACGCUCAUCGAGAUUCUGUACAUGAACCACAAUCACCUGACAGAACUCCCUGAGGGUUUCUUGAGGAACGCGCCCAACUUGAGGGUCCUUCACCUUGAGUCCAACAAACUGCUUCACCUUCCUUCCAACUUCUUACAAGUAUCCGACCAUCUUGAGGAGCUUCACCUGAGUAACAACCACCUGACCUCCUUCCCGGUGAGUCUCCUCCGACCGUCUCUGACUAUUUUUGGCUUCGUGAACAACUCCCUGGACUGCACAUGUUCCCUCUAUGACCAAUUGGAACCCAAGUUUGGCUCCAAUGACACCAGGAAGCUGCUGGAGGAGGUCACCUGUGCUUCACCAAAAGACGCCCAUGGUCAUGCGAUCUCGGACCUCACCAGAAGCGUCUUCUGCCGAUCCCACAGCCUCACCGUAGCCUUGAUCUGCAUCCCAUUGGUGGUGAUGGUUCUGCUCCUGUUCUGGUACAUCUGCUGCCGGAGACGAAAAGAAGCCUACCCCAACACCAGAGAGUGCAGCCUGGUCACCGUGGAUCGCAACGGGGCCAGCACCAUGGGGGAAUACCAUCACUAUGAGCCUCGCAACAACUUCCAAAGCGAUAGGCGGGAAGAAGACGGCCUUCAGUUCAAUGACCCCGUCUUCCUGAGACCAUCGGCAGCCCUACUGAGGAGCAACAGAGACCUCUACGAAGAGGUGGAGAUCAAACUGGGGAACUCCGCAGAUUCCCUGGUGGAUGGUGAUGGACGAGAAGGACAGGAGGGGGCGGGGCUGAUGUUGGCCGUAGCCGAAGAAGAAGAAGCAGAAGAGCUGGAGAUUAAACUGGAGGAAGCAGAAGAAGAGACGGUCAGUGUGACCGAGGUCAUGAAGGACUCAAGUGACCGAGAGAAGCUUUACCUCAACCAGACCACCGACUAUUACAGUCUGGUGCCAGAGAUCGAGCUGGAAGACUCCGACCACUGCGAGUAUGAGAGCAUAGACCUCUACUAAGGGGCCCCUGGGGGUAAAACCAAUGGAGUAUGAGAGCCUAGACCUCUACUGAGAAACCCCCGGGGCAAAACCAAUGGAGUAUGAGAGCGUAGACCUCUACUGAGGGACCCCCGGGGCAAAACCAAUGCAAUAUGAGAGCGUAGACCUCUACUGAGGGACCCCCGGGGGCAAAACCAAUGGAGUAUGAGAGCGUAGACCUCUACUGAGGGACCUCCGGGGCAAAACCAAUGCAAUAUGAGAGCGUAGACCUCUACUGAGGGACCCCCGGGGGCAAAACCAAUGGAGUAUGAGAGCGUAGACCAUACCAAUGGAGUAUGAGAACAUAGACCUCUACUGAGAAACCCCCAGGGGGGGGGCAAAAACCAAUGGACUAUACAUUGUGAGUACGAGAGCAUAGAUCUUGUCUGAGGGAGCCCCGGGGGCAAAAACCAAUGGAGAAGAAGAGUGUAGACCUCUACUGAGGGACCCCUGGGCACAAAAGCAAUGGAGUACGAGAGCAUAGACCUCUACUGAGAGACCUCUGGGAGCAAAACCAAUAGAGUACAAAAGUGUAGAUCUCUACUGAGGGACCCCCAGGGCCAAAACCUAUAGACUGUAUAUUUUGAUGUCCACUUAUGGUCAGAAGGUGCAGAACCUGGACUGGAUCUAUUUAUUAUAAUACACUGACCGGACCUUAUAAUACACUGAUCAGUCCUUAUAAUACACUGACCGGACAUUAUAAUACACUGACCAGACCUUAUAAUACA